AAGAACACUGACUGCCGAGUCAGUAGUUGAGCAGCAGUGCAUCAGUGCAGUUUUGUUGAAUUGUUGCAAACUUGGCCGAUUUUUCCGUUACAUGUCCUAGACCAGUACCUAGUUAAUAUAUAAAUUGAUCUCAAUUAUUUGUUCGGCCGCAGAAAGUGUAGAAAUAGUUCCCAACAAAAAUGCCGCUGAAAAUCAAGAACGUCCUUGUGUGUGAUGCAGUUGAUAAUGCAUGCGUGAAAUUGUUACAAGAUAAUGGGAUCAAUGUGGAUUAUAAAUUAAAACUCACACAAGAUCAGUUGAUAAAAGAAGUUAAGGGUUACGAUGCACUCAUCGUACGGUCCGACACCAAAAUUACCCCCGAAAUUCUGGACGCCGGAGCCGGUCAGCUGAAGGCCGUUGGAAGGGCAGGUGCCGGAGUGGACAAUAUCAACAUCGAAGCGGCCACCCGCAAUAAUGUGCUGGUGUUAAACACCCCCGGGGGAAAUUCCAUCUCAGCCUGUGAGCUGACGUGUUUGCUGAUCGGCGCCCUGGCUAGACCGAUUUGUCCGGCCGCCACCAGCAUGAAGGAGGGACGCUGGGACCGGAAACUGUACUCCGGUUCGGAACUUUUCGGCAAAACGCUAGCCAUCUUGGGUCUGGGAAGGAUUGGUCGGGAGGUGGCCAUCCGGAUGCGGGCUUUCGGGAUGCGUGUCAUCGGUUUCGAUCCGAUUACCACUGACGAGGAGGCCGCAGCAGCCGGUAUCGAGAAAAUGGAGCUGGAACAAAUUUGGCCCCAGGCCGAUUAUAUCACCGUGCACACUCCGCUCAUCCCUGCCACCAAGAAUCUGAUCUCCGCCGCGACCCUCGCCAAAUGUCCCAAGGGCGUCCGUGUUGUGAAUGUGGCCCGCGGAGGAAUCGUCGAUGAGGCCGCCCUGCUGGCAGCCCUCGAAAGCGGCCAAUGUGGCGGAGCUGCCGUCGAUGUGUACCCGGAAGAGCCCCCGAAAUCGGAAACCACCAAAAAGCUCAUCAAUCACCCGAAGGUUGUGGCUACACCGCACCUGGGUGCCAGUACGUCAGAGGCUCAGGUACGAGUGGCCGUCGAAGUUGCCGAACAGUUUAUCGCAUUAACAGGGACAUCCAAGGUUUACACCCAAUAUGCCGGUGUUGUCAAUCGAGAGAUUUUAAAGAAUGUAUUCUAAAGUGUCUGUUUAAUCUUUGUUCUUCUAUACUGUUUAAGUAUAAACUGUUUGUUCUGUCAAAUUGAAAUGUUCAUUUAAAUGAUUUGAAUGUAGAUAAUAAGCACUAUCAGCACACAGAUUGUGGCUGCACCUAAAAGUAA